AUUUUUAAUAUUCUCUCUAAACAGAUUUUAAUAAUAAAAUUCAAGAUGUACCUGUCGUUACAGACAUAAAUUUAGGCACAUUUACUUUUACCUUCCACUAAUAACUACAACUAUUGUAAGUGUAGGAAUUUUCAAGGAACAAGGAAACAUUUAAGUGUACAUUAAUUUAUUUAUGCAAUGAACAUAUAUUUAUAUAGCGACAAUUCAAUUAGUUAUAUAGAUACACCAAAUAUAUUUUGUAAAUGAGUUGUCUUAAAAAUAUUAAAUACUAAUAAAAAAAAAUAUAUUCUAUAAGUGAAUAUUGAAAUUGCAGACAAAUUAACUUCAAUUUUUCGUAAAAAAAAAUGAAGGAAAAAUACAAGUUUUAUACAUAUUAGGUUUCUAAAUAAGACCUAAUUUGAAUAAGCAGUAUUUGCAAUCUAACAAAAUUUCCAUCGAUUACCACAUUCAUUGCACAUGACAAAUGUUGUCAUUGGUUCAUCAGCACUUCUAGUUUGGAUUUGGUUAUAGGUGCAAUUUCGUUUCUUACAUUUACCACACUUCAAUAAGUCUGUUUUAGUUCCCUGUACAGUUGCCAAUUGAGCAUCAUCUAUAGAUUCUUUUAUGAGUCUAUUUCUUAAAGUCCUCAUCUCAUCACUAGCCAUCUCUUCGGCAGUCAUUUUAGCUAGUUGGGCAGGAGUAAUAGCUCCAGCAAUAAAGUUACUUCUGAGUUGUGGAUUUUUAGCAUCUUUUAAAUUGGAAUAUCUACUUCUUAUUCUAUUCUUAUAACGAGCAUCAGUGUUUUUAAAUUCCGAAUAAAUGGCAUCUUCAAGUUCAUCAGCAAGUUCUUCGAUUGAUGCGCAACCACCAAGUUCAUCUUCAGUUUUCAAAGCAGUGAUAAGUAAAUCACGACAUUUAAGACGAACUGCAUCUGUUGUUGAUGGCGUAGGGAACACCACUGGUUUAGGCGUAUCUUUUUUAGUCUCUAUUUUUUGUUCUUUUUCCUCAGAUUUUUUUCGCUCUUUUUUUUCUUUUUUUGGUUCUUGAGGUACAGAUUUGUCACCGUUCAAUAAUUUUUUCCAAUUUUUAAUCAACGCUUUCGAAAACGUAAUUACUUCUUCAUCUUUGCAGCUUUUUCGAAAUGAGUUGACAGUCAUACCCACUCGAGUUUUUGUAAGUAUGUCCAAGGUGAUCGGCAAAUCCUUAAGAGCUUUCAACAAUUCUAGAGCUUGACUUUGGUCAGCAUUUUCGUCAGACAUGUUCUGAAGUUUGUGUUGUAUUUUAAUUAUGUCUUUUUCCACCGACAUGGUAGCAAUUGUAACAAUUGUUAGUUUUAUUAAAAAUUAAUGGUAGUUUUACCAAAAUCAAAUUCUCGAUGAAUAUAAGUAAUUUGAUAUCUACAGAAUGGAUUUAAUAACGUGCUGGUUUAAAAAAAAAACUAUAAUAUAAUUAGCACACGUUAUGAAUUUCUGUGAAAAUAAACAAACACGAAAAACGCGGCCGUACACCCUCCAAAACAAUAAUUGAAGUAAAGAACAACCGAACAAGCUAAAAAAUAAAAAUUGUUGUUGUUUAAUGAUAAAAAUGGUUACAGUCAGGUUUUUUUAGGACAGUAACUCAAAUUCACAUUUUUGUCUGAGGCUGCACUGUAUUAAGUUAACCGGCCAAUAUAAUUUCCAAACAUCUUAUUGAUAACCUGAUUUGUGUUGAUCAAACACUAAAUUCUUUUAUCUAAGAUUAAAUUAUUGAAGAAAAUUAUUAGUUAUAUCUUAUUUUUUAUAGUUUACCUAGAUGUUCUGUAAUAUCCUUAUAAAUCUGUUAUAGGAACAAUUAUAUUACACAAAAUUUAACAUUUUUGUAGUAUUGUGUUGGUUUUUCUACAAUAUUAUACAUAUUGGUUAUUUAAAUAUUUUAAAAUUAAUGUUGUCCAAAAAAUUUUCUCGGGUUUUUUAUACGGUUUUGCGUUCUCAUCAUUCAAAUGUAAGUAGUCUUGGGAAAAUCUAAACUUAAUUAUUAAAUUGUAUUGCAUAUGUUGAAUUUGGGUUUGACAGUUUUCAUAACUAAAAAAUAUUUAAAAAUAAUUCACAGGUUAAAUGGAAGGAUAGAGUGUUUUCUGGUAUUCAGCCAACUGGAACAUUGCAUUUGGGAAAUUAUUUUGGUGCUGUGUCCAAAUGGGUUCAACUACAAAAUGAAGAUCAAGAAGUCAUCUACAGUAUUGUUGAUUUACAUUCAAUUACUUUGCCUUAUGUUAGUUAAUUUUUAUAUUGUAAACUACAUAGCUGAUCUGAAUCAUUUAUUUUUAGGAUCCUAAAAAAUUGGAAAAAAAUGUCUUACUCAUGACAGCAAGUCUAAUAGCCUGCGGAAUAAAUCCUAAUAAAAGUACACUAUUCCUUCAAUCUCAAGUAAUUUAGACAACACUUUUAUAUUUUUAUUUGGUUUAGAUAGUUUAAAAUAUAAUUUAAUAUUAGUAUAAUUAGUAUAAUCAGUAAUGAAGUCAUUCAUUUUACCAGUGAUUAUAAAAAUAAAUAUAAAUAAAUAUGGUAAUUAAUACUGUUUUUUGGGUAGAUUGGGUACUGCUUAAAAGUUUAUCGAUAUAUUUAGGUACCUGAACAUACUCAACUAUGUUGGGUUUUAGGAUGCUUAACUACAAUGCCUAGAUUGGGUCAGUUACCUCAAUUCAAAGAAAAAUCAUCAUCUUUAAAAGAUGUUCCGCUUGGUUUGUACUUGUAUCCAAUUUUACAAGCCGCAGACAUACUUUUAUAUAAGUAAUAAAAUAUACAUUUGUAUCUUAUGUUAUUGCAAUUUUUUUUCAUUUUUGUUUUAAUAGAGGAACUAAAGUUCCAGUUGGUGAAGAUCAAAUUCAACACUUACAAUUAGCCCAUAGCUUAGCACGUACAUUUAAUAAACGUUACGGUGACACGUUUCCCAUACCUACAGUUCUUCUACAAAGUAUAUAUUGAACAAUUUAUAAUGUGCAUAUGGUAUAAAUAUAAUACAGUAUAUUUAAUAAUUAUUAUUUUUGUAUUUAUAGAGGAUUGUUCUUCAAGGAUAAAAAAUCUUCGUGAUCCUAUGAAAAAAAUGUCUAAAUCUCAUCCAGACCCACGUGGAAGAAUAGAUAUAACUGACGAACCAGAUGUCAUUGCAGAAAAAGUUAAAAAAUCAGUAACAGAUUGUACUUCUAAAAUAACAUUCGAUCCUGACAAUCGGCCAGGAGUUGCAACACUUUUAACUAUGCAUUCUCUUGUUUCUGGGAUAUUGCCUGAAGAAAUUUGUGAAGAAUAUGCAUUCUUGGAUACUGGAGGGUAUUAAGUUUUAAUUUUUAGUGACAGUAGUUUUUGUCAAAUUUUUCCCAAGUUCUAUUGCAAUGUAUAAAAUCUUUUCUAUAUAUUUACACACAUAGAACUCCAACUAUCUGGACUAAUUAGUGUCAAGGAUGGUCCAGGUAUACAAAUAUCCAUAUAAUUGAAAAAUAUUGCAUUAAAAGUUAUAACUUAUAGGUAUAGUACAUGUACUAGAUCAGUGUUUCCCAAGGGGGGGGGGAAUUUCCUGGGUAGGAAUUUAGUUACUGCAUGGGGGGUAAUGGAGCGAUAGUGAAAUUGUAAGAAUAAAAUAUAAAAUGUGCAAAUUUACCAUACCUAGUUUUAAAAUAAUUUAUCUCUUAUUUGUUUUUAGUAGAGGGAGGCAUAAGACUUGAAAAUCUAUAAGGGGGCGUAGAAUAAAAAUUGGUAAAGACUGGAUUAGAUGAUUCACCUGGCUUUGCCCAAGUUAUCUAAUAAUUUUUCUAGGAAUUAAUUGAUAAAAUAUUUUGAACUUUAAAUUUAUAAAAAGAUUUUAAUGUAAAAUACGAAAAUUUUGAGUUAAGGUAGAAACAAAAAUUCAAGAUAAAUACUAAUAAUAAUUUUUUAUUUAAAUAUAUAAACCUUCUGCAGUUCUGCUGCUUAUGUAUUUUUUUUAUUAUUGUAACAUAGACUUUUACUUUUAAGUAUAGUAUGAAAUGCCUUAUUCAUUUUUUCUUUUAUAUAGUAUGAUAUAAAUACUUUUUUAAUUUACUUUUACUAUCAAGAAUGUUUAAUAUUUAGGUAUAAACAUAUAGUUGCGCAACAAUUGAUUGAGAAAUUUACUCCGAUUCGUCAAGAGAUUAUAAAACUAAUGGAUUCGCCAGAAUACUUAAGUCAAGUGCUUCAAGAAGGGCAACUAAGAGCAAAUGAAAUUGCCUCUAAGACGUGGCAGGAAGUAACUUCAAAACUUGGCACAUUACCGAGCAAUAUAGUUGAAAAUCAAUUGUUAAAAUAUAAAAGCUAGUUAUAAUUUAAUAUCUACUAUAGAAUUGUUAUUAUUAUUAUUAUUUUUAAAAAUUAAAGGAUUUAAACAAUUCUUAUUUUCAAUGUUUUUGUUCCUUAACAGAUUUAAGAGCUUUCCAAUCUUCCAAUUGUUUUCGAGCAGCUUCAAUAUCGCUAUCAGUUAUUGUUGGCGGCACUCCACAUUCAAUUUCCUCUUUUCUAGCCCACUCCAAGGUCUCCAGCUUCUUUUCGAAAAAACUUUCUUUUUCACUAUCUAAUUGAUUUUGUAAUUUGGCUAAUUUUGCUGCUUUGACUUCAUUACACCAUUGAGAUGUUAGACGGCGUAAAGACCUUUUUCUUUCAACUCUUUCAUAAACGCUAUAAAUUUGAUUAAAAGUAUAUAUCAUGCAUAAUAUUAUUUUUUACUAUUAAUUAAUAUAAUUUACUCACGGGUGAGGAUGAUACUUUAAAUCUAAAGUGUCCAAUAACCAUUCAAACUUUUUGUAGUCCCAAGUACGUAGGUGUUUAAGUCUUUUUUUACGUUUGUCUAUUAUUUCUUUUAAAGCUACUCUAGAAUUCCUAUCUCUAGGAGCAAUUUUAUAAUGUUCUUGAAGAUUUCGAAUAUUGGCUGUCAUACUAGCAA